GGAUGAGCUGAGCUGAUUACCGUUGUGGCUUAUCAGGGAAUUUGCUACAUGUGAUGCGAUGCGGCGAUAUCAAGGCCUCGUCAUGGGGCGUCGAGGGCCGUUGCUCAGGGGUUCGUAGCGACUCCUGAGUGACUUCCCUUGGUGUCGUUGUCCCUGCUGCCAUUGCUCCUUCUGUUCGUAUAAGCCCCAUCAUUGCUUCUUACCAAGAACGCUUGCUCGUUCUUUUAGUCGCAGAUACAAUAUAUAUACCGCCUCUUUGAUUAUUUCCCUCUUCCUUUCGAUCCUCUGAAGUCGCAAAGGCGAGCCUUUUCGUGCACCGACCCCAACCCAUCCACCCUCCGCAUUCUUAGACUCCAAUCUCUCCAUAGUCCCCUUAAUUUUCCUACAUCUCUACCGUUCAGCAAUACGCCAUGGACGAGUUAUUCUCUAAAGCUAUAGACGCGCUCGAUUCGUCCCUUAACGAGUUCCCCUCCUCCAGCGCCGAUGCCGCCGCAGCAGCCGCCGCAGCCGGCGGCACGUCCGCCGCCGCCGCAUCCGCCACCGCAUCCCUCCUCCAAGACAUGGAAGCGCUGCAAGACGCCACGCUCCCGCCCUCCGCAAUCGACGCCGCGAAACGCGUGCUCUCGGCGUGGGAGGAGAUCGACCUGGAAGGGAAGAAGUCCGCGUGGGACGCGCUAGGGCUGGCCAUAUCGCAGCACCAGGAGACGAGCUCCAAGAACCGGCGGUCGCUCGCGGAGCAGACGAAGGCGUUCAAGAGCAGCGGCGGGGAGAAGAAGGACUUCGCUCCGCUGCUCAAGGCGUACCAGGCGGAGAUCGACUCGAUAACGAAGCGCGCGAAGCACGCAGAGGGCGCGUACCUGGGCGUGUACCAGGCGCUGUACGACGCGCCCGACGUGCUGCCACUGCUGCGCUCCUUCGUGCCCGUCGCCACACGCGUGGCCGGCGCGGAGCAGGAGGCGAGGCGACUACGGCAGGAGAUGGAGAUCGUGCGUGCAGACGCAGCAGCAGCCAAGGCGCUGCAAGUGGCAAUGCACCGCCUGCAGGAGCGCAACACAGAGCUGGAGGAGCACCUGGGUGAGAAGGUACGCGAGGCGGUGGAGGAGAAGGCCGUGGAGAUGGAGGCGCGCAUGGGCGUGUUCCGCCAGCGCGAGGCGGAGCUGGAGGCGCGCAUCCGAGAGGGGCUCGAGAACCUCGCUGCCAUGCAGAGAGCCAACGAGGCGAUGCAAGGCGUGGUGUUUGAGGCGAAUGCGCGCAUGGAGGAGGAGAGGGCGAGCAAGCAGCACGAGAUAGACGGACUCAUGGAGGAGAUCGAGCGCAGCCAGGCGCGUGUGAGCAUGCUUGAGCAGCGCCUCUCUGCUGCUUCUGCGGCUGCUGCUGUCGCCUCGCCCCCUCUUCGCCCUGCUUCUGCCCCUACUCCUGCUGCCAACAGCGAAGGCUCACUUGGAACAGACCCCUCCUUAGCUGCGGACUCGAGCACAGCAGGGGGAGAGGAGGGAGCCAAGUCUCCUGUGCUGGCUUCUGCAUCAGCAUCCGCGGCUGCGGCUGCGGCUGCAUCUGUAUCUGCGUCUGUGUUGGAGGAGCCAGAGGAGGCGAAGGAGAGGCUGGUGGCUCGCCUGCACAUGCAGUUGCAGCAGAUGGAACAGACGCUGCAGCGCGAGAGGGAGGAGUGGGAGCGGGCGGUGCAGCAGGCGCGGCAGGAGGUGGGGGAGAGGGAGGGUCAUGUGGAGCAGCUGCAAGAGCAGCUGCGGGUGAGACCCUCCCAGGCGCAGGUGGAAGAGCUCAGGCAGCAGAUCCGCGUGCUGCAGGCACUGGCAGGAGCGGAGGUGGAUGAUAUCGACGGUGCAGAUCUCUCCGCCACCCUCUCCUCCUCCUCCGCUUCCGCUGCAGCCAGCGCAGUCCCGGCAGCUGCGGGAGGAGCAGGAGGCGGAGGAGGGGAGGACGGAUUGGGCGGAGGCAAGGCAGGGGAGGGAGAAGGGGAUGCUGCCGCACCAGCAGCAGGGGGAGCAGGAGCAGCAGGAGCAGCAGUGCUAAGUGAGGAGCAGCGCAUUCAGGCUGCGUUGCGAGAGAGCAACCGGCGCCUUAUGGCCGAGCUAACAGCAGCGCGAAUGGCAGUGGCCGAAAGCCGGCUUGAAGCCGAGGAAAAGGCUGCACGAGUGGUGGCCUUAGAAGAGGAGUGCGGUGAGAUGCGAGCGCUUGUGCAACGGCUAGAGGAGGAUAUUGUGGCCGGGAGUGGUUCCCUUCGAGAGCUGUUGGCCCAGACGGCGAUUGCUGGUGGUCAGGGCUCCAAGAGGCUCGCCCAGAAGGGAGGGGCGGCAACGAUUGCCUCGUUGCUGGGAGGCGGAGGAGGAGCCGGGGAAGAUGGACGGGGGCAAGGGGUGGAGGGGCGUGAGAAAACGGGUGGGGGAACAGCGGCAGGGUCGGGGGCAGCGCUGGGUGCGGAGGAGCAGCAGCGCAACAUGCUGCUGAUCGUGUGCGACCAGAGGGAGCGGUUCCGCAAGCGAGUGAUGGAGCUGGAGGAGCAGAACGGCGCUCUGCAGGACCAACUCAACCGCGCUAAUCUGGAGACCCAGCGUGUGACCAGCGACAACCUGUCUCUCUACGAAAAGAUCCGCUUCCUAGAGCAGUACAACCGGUCCACUGUGCCCAUCCGCAAGUUCACCUCACCAGAUGACGACACUGGUUCAUUUUCAGCAGCAGGAGGGGGAGGGGGGUUGGGAGCGGGAGCAGGUGCCGGGGGGUAUUCGAAUGCGAAGCAGGCAAGAGGAGGGGGAGGAGGAGGAGGAGGGGGAGGUGCGUCAGGGCCGUCUGCUUCUGAAGUGGUGAUAUUCGCCGGGGUGGCGGGCGCACGUGCGGCUAGAUACGCAUGCUUCGGGGCCUCUGACCCUCCAGACGGGGGAGAGGGAGGAGCAGCAGGAGGAGCAGGAGGAGCAGGAGGAGCAGGAGGAGCAGGGGGGGGAGCAGGAGGAGGGGCAGGAGGAGGGGGGGCGGGGGGGGCAGCGGGGGCGGCGGAGGUGAGAUACCGGAAGCUGUAUGAGGAGAAGAUGAAUCCGUUUACGGAGUUCCACCAGAGGGAGCAGGAGAAGAGCUACCGCAACCUGCGCCUGCACGAUAAGAUUACCCUGAGCAGCAGUCGCUUCCUCUUGACCAACAAGUACGGCCGCGCCUUUGUGUUCUUCUACACGCUCCUCUUGCAUCUAUUCAUCCUCGCUCUCCUCUACCGCUCCAUGCACCGCCGCACCAUCGUCCUCACCCCCGCCGCCUCCACCUUCCCUGCUGCUGCUGACUUUAUCAACGGGACCACGCCUGACAUGCUUCCCUCUGGCGCUGCUGCUCUAGCCGCGGCUGCAGGCUUGGAUAGAGGUCCGGGAGCGGUGCCAGGUUCGGGGGAAGGCCCGGGAACAGGGCUGCAGGGCGGGACGGGGGGGGGAAUGAGAGGGGGGAGAGGAGGGGAGGAGGAGGAGGAUGGAGGGGGGAGAGGGAAGCCGGAGGUGCACACGCUCGCUGAGAGCAUAGCAGAAAGCGUUGGGGCUAUGCUGCAGACUACACACGCGCUUACUUCUGCUGCAGAUGGGGUCAGCGGUGGCAGCAGCAGCGGCAGUGGCGGGGGUGGUGGCAGUGACAGCAGCAGUAGUGAGUCUGGCACUCCUCUGGACGCUGCAGCGGCUGAAAGGGACAGCAGCAGCAGCAGUAGCAGCAGCAGCAGCAGCAGCAGUAGUAGUGGCAGUGUUGACAAUCGAGAGGGUGCUUCAACUGAGUAUGGUGGUGACAGUGCUGCUGCUGCUGCUGCUGCUGCUGGCGCUGCUGAUGCUGCUGGUGCUGCUGCUGCUGCUACUGCCACUGCUGCGGCUGCUGCUGAUGGUGCUAGGGAUGGGGAUGGUGAGGUAGCUGAUGAGGAUGCCACACACCAUGAUACUAGUCCAAGUGAGAACGGCAACAAUGGUGCUGCAAGUGCUGAUAAUGCUGAUGCUGAUGUCGAUGGCGCUGCUGCUGAUGGUGAUGCUGCUGAUGGUGGUGCUCGCAGCAGCAGCAGCAGUGAGCCCCUGGUUGCUGGUGAAGGAGACAGCGAGAGAAGCGACAGCAGUGCAAGUGGUUUUGACCCUGGAAGCAGCAGCAGCAAUAUUCCAGCUGAGGGACUGAGUGCGGGAGAAAGCAGUGGAAGCAGCAGCAGCAGCAGCAGCAGCAGCGACAGCGGUAGCUAUGCGGGCAAGAGAAAGUCUCGCAGGCGGAAGAAGAGGAAGCUGCAGAAGCGAAGAGCGGUUGAUGCUGCUGCUGGUGCUGAUGGGAGGGAUAGUGGACGUCGGUGAGAGGCCGAGCCAGUGAGUCAGUGGUGGAUGGAUGGUGCAGAUGAGAGAGUGGAGAUGAGUAAAGAAGAGUGAGUGAGUGAGGAGAGGAGGGAGGGAUGUUGGGAGUGUCGGAGCCUUGGAGGGUUUAGAUGUUGGGUCGGUGGUGCAGUGCUGGGUGAUGGUGGAGUGGGGCUGUGUUGCUGUAUUUUACUGUAGGUUGUUGAUCUACACAACUAUCCCGAUUCCUGACUCUUACAGUAAACGGUACUUCACUCUGUCAUGCA